UAUCUAUAGUUUGAGUAGAAGGCGGUACAUACCUACAUUGUUUAAAUUUAUUUUAUUUAUAAUUAUUGAUCUAUUUAUGUAUGAAGAAGUGUUAAACGUUGAGUAUCUUUUUUUAGAUCUAUGAAAUUAAAUAGCUAUAAAUAAUAUAACAUGCCGCUCUAAUCGCUAGUUAAAAAUUGGUUCGAGACAAAUACAAUUUUCAUUACUGAUAGGUGUACAAUGUCAGCUGUUGCAAAACUCAAACUUCUCAUCUGGAAAAAUGUUCUUCUCCAAAAAAGACACAAGUGGCAAACCAUUUUUGAAAUAGCAUCACCAGUUAUAUUUUCUUUAUUUUUAAUAUUAACAAGAUGCCUCGUAGACCCAAAAUCUAAACCUGCUAUUACUUAUUCACCAUUUCAACCAACAUAUCUCAACAUUACUGGUAGAAACCUAGGAAAUUUAACAGCAGCUAAAACAGGAACACUUGCAUUCUCUCCAGAAAACCCUUUAACAAGAAAUGUUGUAAGGGAUGCUAUUGCAAUGGUUGCAAAUGACAACUUAAGUUUCCUUUUUACUUUUAUAUUUGACUCAAAUAUUCUACCUCAGCCUAAAGGAUAUAAGAAUGCUAAAGAUAUGGAACUGGCACUUACACAACCCAAUGCAAUGAAUCAAAUUUUAGUUGGAAUCCAAUUUGAUGAUGUAAUGGCCAAUGCUACAGAAUGGCCUGAAAACAUAACUGUAAGAUUUAGAUUUCCAGCUGUAAUGAGAACUCCGAUGAUUGAGCAUCCACUGAGAGCUAGUUGGAGGACUAAUUUACUCUUUCCAUUGUUUCCAAGGCCAGGGCCAAGAGAUGCAGACGAUAUGUAUGGUGGAAAAACUCCUGGAUAUUCACCAGAAAUGUUUUUAGCGGUACAGCAUGCAGUGUCACAAGAAAUAAUCAAACAAAAAACUGGUAAAGCUAUAAAUACCAAAGUAUACCUACAAAGAUUUCCUCAGGUGGCAUACAGAGAAGACGAAUUGUUGAUAGCUUUAGAGAGAUUUAUAUCUAUGAUAAUAAUGCUUUGCUUUGCCUACACAUUUGUGAACACCGUAAAAAUGGUAACAAAUGAAAAAGAAUUACAACUCAAGGAAACUAUGAUAAUAAUGGGUCUACCCUCAUGGCUCCAUUGGCUUGCUUGGUUUAUAAAACAAUUCUCAUUUCUUUUAAUAUCAGUACUUCUAAUUGUGAUCUUGCUAAAGAUUCCUUUUAAUCACACUGAAGAUGGUCAAGGCUACUCUGUGCUCACAUUUACACCUUGGUCUGUUCUAUUUUUCUUUAUGGUGCUUUACGUGAUGGCAUCACUUGCAUUUUCUUUCAUGAUCAGCGUCUUUUUCAAUAAAGCCAACACCGCCUCUUCGUUUAUGGGUCUGGCGUGGUUUUCUACUUAUGCCGUUUUCAUGUUGACGCAAGUGCUGUACGAAGAUAUAAGUCUUACUACAAAAUUACUUCUUAGUCUUAUAUCGAAUACCGCCAUGGGUUACGCCUUCCAGAUGAUUAUAAUGUGUGAAGGCACAUCCAGAGGACUUCAAUGGAACGAGUUUUUCUCUCCAAUAUCAUAUCACGACAAAUUUCAACCGGGGCAUGUUAUGUUGAUGUUGAUGCUGGACACAAUAUUGUACAUGUUAAUUGCUAUGUAUGUCGAAAAAAUACGACCGGGGAAAUUCGGUGUACCGAUGCCGUGGUAUUUUCCAUUCACGAAAAAAUUUUGGUCGACAAAUAAGUCGAGGAUCGCUGCUGCAAAAACGGAAGAAUCUAGCGAUACAGCGUACCAUGAUGCUCUCCUGAAAGUUGUUCACGACGAAGAACCUAAAGAUUCGCCCGUAGGUGUCGACAUUCAAAAUCUCACAAAGGUUUAUAAAGGCAGAAAGGCGGCCGUUGAUAAUUUAACGUUAAGAUUAUAUGAAAACGAAAUCACCGUAUUGCUCGGUCACAAUGGGGCUGGCAAAACUACAACGAUAUCGAUGUUAAUCGGUAUGAUUCCUCCGACCUCCGGUACGGCUACGAUAAGCGGCUACAAUAUAGUUACGGAAACUGAAAUGGCACGUAGUUCUAUAGGCAUAUGUCCGCAGCACAAUGUCCUCUUCCCCGAUCUUACUGUAGCGGAGCACAUAGAAUUUUACGCAAGAUUAAAAGGAGUUUCGAACAAUGAAAUCCAGAAAGAGGUUGAUCAUUUCGUCAAACUUCUUGAGCUUGAGGAAAAAAGGCACGCGGCGGCGUCGAGUCUGUCUGGCGGGCAGAAGCGGCGGCUGUCGGCGGGCUGCGCGCUGUGCGGGCGCUCGCGCGUGGUGCUGCUGGACGAGCCCACGUCGGGCCUGGACCCGGCGGCGCGGCGCGCGCUGUGGGACCUGCUGCAGCGCGAGAAGCGCGGCCGCACCGUGCUGCUGACCACGCACUUCAUGGACGAGGCGGACGUGCUGGCCGACCGCGUGGCCGUGCUCGCCGCCGGCCGCCUGGCCUGUCUGGGCUCCCCCUACUUCCUCAAGCGCCACUACGGACUCGGCUACAAGCUCGCGCUCGUCAAGGACGCCGCCUGCCAAGUCGAUCUUGUUACAGAAUUCUUCAAAACAUACAUCCCGGAUAUAAAGGAAAAUACUAAUAUAGGAUCGGAACUGACUUACAUCCUACCUAACGAAUAUGUUAGUAAAUUUCCCGACAUGUUCAAAGAUUUAGAAGAAAAAAGAGAAUUGUUGAAAAUAUCUAGUUAUGGUCUGUCAUUGGCCAGCCUCGAAGAAGUGUUUAUGAAAGCUGGUGCAGAAUAUAGUACAGAAAACGAGCCUAAAAGAAACCAUCACAACAUAGUUCCUUAUAGCGAUGAUGCUAUUGCGCCCAUAGAAUCUCAAAAUUAUAGUCAUCUCGAUUCUUCGGAGAAAGUCCGUGGUUUUAAACUUCUCAAAAAUCAUAUAAAAGCAAUGUUUUUGAAGUUAGCAUACAACACUAUGAGGAAUAAACUGGUGGCUUUUAUACAAUUUGUGAGCCCCGUGAUCAAUAUAAUACUUUCUGUUAUAAUUUCGAGAUCCUGGAAGUUCCUUUCGCAACUACCCCCACUAACGCUUCGUUUAGAGAGCGGAUUUAAAACCACUCAAACUCUAAUAUCACAAAUUCUUAAUAUAACAGAAGAGAGUAUAGAAGCCAGAGCUCUGAAGGCCUAUAAAAACUACUUUAAGCUCUCCACUUAUCCUGGAAUGACUUUGACGGACAUUGGUACAAUGGACAUGGGAAAAUUUUACUUCAAGCUGAGUGAUUCCGAUCUUCCUCGCGUAAAAUACGAAACAUUGGUCGGCGCUACAUUUGGCCAAAACAAAAUAACUGCUUGGUUCAGUAAUUAUGGAUACCACGAUUCUGCUAUCUCGCUCGCACUUGUGAAUGACGCCAUACUGCGUGCCCUGUCGCCUGGAAGUUCCUUGAGAAUCGUCAACUUUCCACUGCCGUAUUCGAUAGAAAACCUGGUUGAAGUAAUGGCUACCGGUAGCAGCAUGGGAUUUCAAUUCGCAUUUAAUAUUGGAUUCUGUAUGGCUUUCGUGACUUCGUUUCUCGUCCUUUUUUCGGUUAAAGAGCGGCGUAGCGGGGCCAAGCUCUUGCAGCGCGUGUCGGGCGUGCGGCCGGCCGUCCUGUGGCUCAGUGCGCUUGUGUGGGACUGGCUGUGGCUGUUCCUCAUCUACUUGUGUAUUGUCUUUACUCUCGCUUGUUUCCACGAGAAGACGCUCUCCACGCCUCAGGAAUUAGGGCGGGUGUUACUAGUUCUCGUAGUGUUUUCACUGGCAAUAAUACCAAUACACUAUCUGGCAUCAUUCUACUUUGACUCUGCUGCGACUGGAUUUUCGAAAAUGUGCUUCGUCAACGUAUUCAGUGGUUGUAUGCCGUUUUUAAUUACUGAAGUAUUAAGAUUACCACAAGUCGCAAGUCCUUUUUAUGCACAUCUGUUUGAUUGGAUUUUUUCGCCGCUACCUAUUUAUUGUAUCAGCCGGAGUUUCAGAGACAUGAGUGUAUCGUCAUUUUCAUUGUUGGCCUGCGAAGGCCUCUGCGACCAAUUACGUAUUGAGAAUUGCACACGACACACAAUAUGCAACCAGCUCAACCUUACCGUGUGUUGUAUUGAAGACGAUCCUUUUAUGAAAUGGAGCGAACCUGGAAUCGGAAGAUACUUGUUUACUAUGUUCGCUGUCGGUACAGUAACGUUCAGCAUACUACUCGUGAAGGAAUAUGAACUUCUUGCCAAGCUCAUGUACAAACCUCGUGAUAAAAUGUCGCAAACGAAAACCUCUGUAGAGGAGGCAGUCGAAGACGAUGACGUCGCCACGGAGAGACGGCGCGUACUGGCAUUGUCGCGUAAUGAGGUCACCGCGUUCAGCCUCGUGUGUCGCGAGCUGAGCAAGCGCUACCGGCGCCUCGUAGCCGUCGACCGACUCACGUUCGCGGUGCGCGGCGGAGAGUGCUUCGGCCUGCUCGGAGUCAACGGCGCCGGCAAGACCAGCACCUUCCGCAUGCUGACCGGCGACGCACGCGUGUCGGACGGCGACGCGCUCGUGCACGGACACUCGGUGCGAGCACAUGUGCAGGACGUGCACCGCCUCAUUGGUUAUUGCCCCCAGUUCGACGCAUUAUUCGAUAACCUUACUGCGAGAGAGACCCUCCAGAUCUUUUGUUUGUUACGCGGUAUACCUCAGCGAGUUGGUGAUGUACUUGCUCAUCGUCUCGCUGUUGAACUGGGAUUUGUCGUACACUACGAUAAAAAGGUUCAUGAGUGCAGCGGUGGAACAAAAAGAAAAAUAAGUACUGCUGUAGCUUUGUUAAGCGCUUCGUCGUUAGUUUUCCUGGAUGAACCAACAACAGGCAUGGAUCCUGCGUCGAAGCGGCUCGUGUGGCGCGGCAUCAGCAGCGCGGUGGGCGGCGGGCGCAGCGUGGUGCUGACGUCACACAGCAUGGAGGAGUGCGAGGCUCUCUGCUCCAAGCUCACCGUCAUGGUCAACGGCAGGCUCUGCUGUCUCGGCUCGCUGCAACAUCUCAAGAGCAAAUUCUCGCAGGGCUAUACGAUUGUUAUUAAAUGUCGAUCGGGAACUGACAGGGAUAGCGAUAUCACACGCAUCGACCAAUAUAUGAAGAAAAAUUUCAAUGAAGUUAAACUCGUCGAGACGUACCUGGGCAUGAGCACGUACCACGUGUCGUCGGCGGGGCUGCCGUGGUGGCGCGUGUUCAGUGCGCUCGAACUAGCGCGGGACUCGCUGCCGCUUGAUGACUACUCGGUCGCGCAGACAACACUCGAGCAAGUUUUUCUCGCAUUUACAAACCAACAGCGUUCACUAGAUUAAUUUAUUUUUUCAAUCAAUACAAAACACUAUGAUUGUGUAACCAACUUACCAAAUUAAUUAUUAUCAGCUUAAUAAAAAGUUUAUAAGAAAGUCUCAAGAGAGAAGACUUGUGGCAUGGUACUGUAAUUAUAACUUAAGCAGCUAAUUAGACACUAAAAUCCUAUAAUAUACAGGUGCGGGUUAUUUUUCAUAAAAUAGAAACGAGGUAUACAAAGAAAUGCAUGUAACUUUCUAUAAUUUGUAACAAUAACAUAUUUUUUUUCAAGUAAUUGGCCUGAGAAUUGUAAUAUAAUUAUUGGAUUAAUUAAUAAUAAAAAUACAUUUGAAAAUUCGUGUAUUAAGAACAAUGAACUUGUUGGACGUGGAGUAAACAUUUUACCUCUAUCGAAUUUAUUCUGAUGCUGUAGCAAAGGUUAUCGGGCCUUUUGCAAAAUCUUAUGUUAUUUUUUAAUUUUGUUGUCAUAACUUGCCAUACAGAUUACAACAAAAACGUUCUCCGUUCCGUGGUGGAAUGUUUAUAAUCGAUUUAAGAUCUUUAAUAGGCCAAAUAGUACUUAUCCAUUUUCAAACAGGAUGUCUUUUCGAAUUUCUCAUAUUGAAUCAAUUUUUUUUAUAUCAAAUAUUUUUACAGGUCGGUUCUGUUAAUAUCUAUCUGUCCACUCGACAUAUGGUUACUUUAUAUGUUAGAUGCUUCGAUCAACAAUAGUAACUAGAUAAAGGGAUACGUACAAAAUUAAAGCAAAAACUGUCCGCGUGAAUAUAUACUUAUAUAGCUACAUUCGUUUACUAACAAACGGAGAAAAAAGUUUUGAAACACUUUUACGUUCAAACUAAUAACAACUAUGGCACCUAGUAAUAAAGUCACAAAUCUCCAAAACAUUAUCUAAUACUUACGAUCUUUCGUCACAUAAAACCAGCAAAGCAAUAAAUUACUCCUGUCACUUACCAAUAAAAAGACAUAUUUUAAACAACUUUUAAUGUUAAAUCAAUCUUAACUAGCAACAAAUAAAGUAACUUUUCCCUUAAUUGCUCUGAGAACUAACAUCGUUUUGCUUUAUUUAUUUUUGCUUCUUGAAAUGCCGAUUUGUAUUUACUACAGGAGGUAAGGGAGUCGCGCUUAACACUAAAAUAAUUUAUUAAUGAAUUAAAGUAAUAGUUUAGUUGUUUACUUUUUAUGUUUUGGAAAUGUAUGUUUGUUAGUAUCUAUACAUUACUUAUUAUUUUAUUAGCGUUACGUUUUUGUGUAAUAUAUAUUUUUAAGUUUUCGCGACCAGUGCACAUAAUAAAACAACGUUUAAACGGUUUCAAGCGUGGUAUUUUUAUUACAAUGUUUCGGCCACGUUUCAGUAGCCGUGAGAACGGAAGGCAAAGAUGUCCAGUGUCAAUAAGCGGAGAUCUUAGCUGGCUUAUAAAAGUCAUCUCUUGUUUCUCUGGCGACAAUCGAGAUCCAUUCUGCACACGUGAUUGCUAGGAAAGCUAAAAUAAAAAUGGAAAGCUAAGUAUCUAAUGAGAGUCUAACAAACAGACACAAAAGCAGCAUUAACCAAUUUUAACCAACUAAUUUUGAAGUGCUGCUAACAAAUUUUAAAAAAUUAUUACAACACAAAUCUACUCCAUGCAUUUACUGUUCUGUUAAGCAAAAGUUUGUCCAUGUGUUGGCUGAGCCUUGGCCAACAUUUGUAGCGGUGGUUAAAAAUCGGUAAUUUUGUUCAAAAUUUAAUAUUAUUUAUAAGUUUAAAGCUUACAAUAUAGUUUAUACUUCAUGUACUUACCGAAAGUAAGAUAUUCCGGCCGUUAAAUUGCUUUUUCGGGCCUUAUUUUUGCAACUUUUGAAUACACACUGCGGUAUUGUGAGACGGGUUGACAUUGGCUGUGUUUGAAGAGAACUAAACAAAAUAAGAGCUCACAUUUCAAGUGCGCUGUUAUUUGACGAGACGGAUUUUAUGCACUGACCCGAAAUCUAGUUACUAUUGUUGAUCGAAGGUUAGAUGUUUUGAAAUCCCCUGAAUACAUAGAACUGUUAAUUGGUGGCAAGUUGUUAUUUUUUUUUAACAGUUCUGAAAAAAGGCAUUAUUGUUUGUCACGAAUCUUAAUCGUCCAUCGAUAAUAACAGAGACAGAGAUUUCCGAAAAAUCUUUUCGAUUUGUCUAUAUUAAAUUUUAACAAUUAAGGAUUUCGAUUUUUUUAAUUCAAAUUAACGCAGACAAUCCCUACCCAGCAUUGAUUGUUAAGAAUUACUAAUAACAGUACUGGCAAUACAGAUUUACAUGUCAUCGUAUUUAUUUAUCUUGGGUAAGUGAACUGGGGAAUUCCCCUUUUAUAUCCGACUUUGUCGAUUAAACUGUAUACCCAAUAGACUUUUAUAAAUAUAUUUUUAACAAAAAUAUAGACUACCGUUAUUAUUAUGAGUAAUUACAUGUUUAAGUAAAUUAACAAUGGAUGAAUUUUCGUAAAUUGAUAGAUAAGUCAUCUGUUUAGAAUCACAAUAAAUGCUCAAAUAACAAAGUAUAAGAAAUAACGCUUGGGUGCUAUUCACAAAAACACAUCUUAAAGAAUAAUUCAAAAACAGAUCCUGACCUCGUUUCCUGAAAGGAACUUAAAUGAACCAAUAUACAAUUCAUCUAAAUUGAAAUUAGGCUAAAUGAGACUGUGGUACGAUGUUUAUUGACUAAUCAUCUUCAAUUAAUACAAUAGAGUCAGAAAUUAAUUAUGUAUGUAUUUGACAUCCUAGCCAUAAUUAAUACUACAGUUUAAUCUCACGUUUUGUAUCGUCAUUAAAUUAUUUCCGACCUUCCGAAUACGUUAAAGUUUUCGUGGUCACUGACGAAUAAGAUAUUAUUCGUCGAUAUUUGAAUGUUAAGCAGACUGACUAAAAGUAGUCUUAAUUAUGACUACGAUUUGUGAAAACCGAAGAAAAUCCGAGAAAUAAUUUGUUUUACUGACAUAACUAUAAUAUAAUAUUUUCAAUAUACGGACUCUUUAGUAAGAUUUUAAUUAUAGUAGAUACAGAUUAUUUAUCAGAACUUUUACAAGUAAUACUGAAUUUAUUAUUUUUAAUUACAUUCAUAAUAUAUGUAGUUAAGAUAUUAAUAGUACGUACAGCUCGACCAAGCUAAGUGUGCACCUCGCAUCGAUUACGUCACACUGCCACUUAGGUAUGGUCUGAAAAAAGGAUUCGCUAUGACUUUAAAAAUGUAAACAAAUGUUUGUUAUAUUUUACUUUGCAUUUAUUGUUUUUAACAAUAUAUUGUCCAUAGGUACAUUAGAAUAUAGCGAAAUCGUGUUUUUGUAUUAAGACUACCCGGGCAUUCUUGCACUUUUUAAAUUUGUAUCCCAAUUGCUCGGUAAUAAUUUUCCUUUAUGUUUCUUUUUCAGGAUUAUGUUUCUCCCUUCACUGUGUAUCACCUUUCCUUUCCUUUCAUUUUGUUGCCCAUUGCUCGAAGUAAAAAAAAUGAACGUUAUCCGUUCAGGUAACAACAGUUCAACAAAAACUUAACAAAAAUAGUCCAAUAAUAUAACUAAACUUCAACAAAAAACCUAACAAGAACAGUUAAAAAAUUUAAAAUUCAACGUAUAGGGAGACGAAAACUCGUAUGACGCGUGUCGGCGACAAAGACGCUAACCGUACUGACACGAAAGGACGAUCGCGGGAAGGUGAGCGGGGAAGCGGGCGGACGGCCGCAUUCCAGCGAGGUGCAAACUUAGCUUGGUCGAGUUGUAUGUGCUUAUUUUGUGUGUUUUUGCUUCGCUCAACAAUAAGUUUAUUAAUUGAUCGAAUAUGGUAGGAAUCUCUUAUUAUUAAUCUAAUCUUGCCACAUCUGUGUAUCCAGUCAGACUGUUGUGAUAAUAUUAUGUUGUAAGUAUAUACCUCCUAUAAAAUUAUAUUAAAGAAUAAAAUAACAAUUCAAUGUUUCAAAUUAAAAUAUUAAAAUGGUAAAA